GGACGAUGGACCCGGCCGAGGCCGUCCUGCAGGAGAAGGCGCUCAAAUUUAUGCCCCGAAUACACAUGCCAAAAGAUGGAUUUCAACUUAUAUCUUCUGGAUACCAAGCAUGGCUAAAGCAGUGCUCUAUGCCCAGAUCUCUGUGGCUGGGCUGCUCCAGCCUGGCGGACAGCAUGCCCUCGCUGCGAUGCCUGUAUAACCCAGGGACUGGCGCACUCCCAGCUUUCCAGAAUUCCUCUGAGAGAGAAGACUGUAAUAAUGAUGAGCCCCCUAGGAAGAUCAUUCCUGAGAAGAAUUCACUUAGACAGACCUACAACAGCUGUGCCAGACUGUGCUUAAACCAGGAAACAGUAUGUCUAGGAAGCACUGCUAUGAAGACUGAAAAUUGUGUGGCCAAAACAAAACUUGCCAAUGGCACUUCCAGUAUGAUUGUGCCCAAGCAGAGAAAACUGUCUGCAAGCUAUGAGAAGGAGAAGGAGCUCUGUGUCAAGUACUUUGAGCAGUGGUCCGAGUCUGACCAGGUGGAGUUUGUGGAGCACCUCAUCUCCCAAAUGUGUCACUACCAGCAUGGACACAUCAACUCAUACCUCAAACCCAUGUUACAGCGGGACUUCAUCACUGCACUGCCAGCUCGGGGAUUGGAUCACAUUGCUGAGAACAUUCUGUCAUACCUGGAUGCCAAAUCUUUGUGUGCUGCUGAGCUGGUGUGCAAGGAGUGGUACCGGGUGACGUCGGAUGGUAUGCUGUGGAAGAAGCUCAUUGAGAGAAUGGUCAGGACAGACUCCCUGUGGAGGGGUUUGUCAGAGAGGAGAGGAUGGGGGCAAUAUCUAUUUAAAAAUAAACCUCCUGAUGGAACUGCACCACCCAACUCCUUCUACAGAGCACUUUACCCCAAAAUUAUACAGGACAUAGAGACAAUAGAGUCAAACUGGCGGUGUGGAAGGCACAGUUUACAGAGGAUCCACUGCCGGAGUGAGACAAGCAAAGGGGUUUAUUGUUUACAGUAUGAUGAUCAGAAGAUAGUAAGCGGCCUACGAGACAAUACUAUUAAGAUCUGGGAUAAGAAUACAUUGGAAUGCAAGCGAAUUCUCACCGGACACACAGGUUCUGUCCUGUGCCUCCAGUAUGACGAGCGGGUGAUCAUUACUGGAUCUUCAGACUCAACAGUCAGAGUGUGGGACGUGAACGCAGGCGAGAUGCUGAACACCCUGAUCCACCACUGCGAAGCCGUGCUGCACCUGCGCUUCAACAACGGCAUGAUGGUGACGUGCUCCAAGGACCGCUCCAUCGCCGUGUGGGACAUGGCCUCCCCCACAGACAUCACCCUCAGGAGGGUGCUCGUAGGCCACCGAGCUGCCGUCAACGUAGUGGACUUUGAUGACAAGUACAUUGUAUCGGCAUCAGGUGACAGAACUAUAAAGGUAUGGAACACUAGUACCUGCGAAUUUGUGCGCACCUUAAAUGGCCACAAACGAGGCAUUGCAUGUCUGCAGUACAGAGACAGGCUAGUAGUGAGCGGCUCUUCAGAUAAUACCAUCAGGCUGUGGGAUAUCGAGUGUGGGGCAUGUUUACGAGUACUGGAAGGCCAUGAAGAGUUGGUGAGAUGCAUACGCUUUGAUAACAAGAGGAUAGUCAGUGGGGCAUAUGAUGGGAAAAUUAAAGUAUGGGAUCUUGUGGCUGCUUUGGAUCCCCGUGCUCCAGCAGGGACCCUCUGCUUGCGAACUCUUGUGGAGCAUUCUGGAAGAGUCUUUCGACUUCAGUUUGAUGAGUUCCAGAUUGUCAGCAGCUCACAUGAUGACACCAUCCUCAUCUGGGAUUUUCUGAAUGACCCAGCUGCCCAGGCAGAAUCCACUCGUUCCCCGUCCAGAACAUACACCUACAUCUCCAGAUAAAUAACACUACACUGUACCUCACACUCGCACAGGACUCAUUUAAGCUGCAGUAUUUAAAUGCCAGGACAAAAGAACUAUCCACGUAACCAAUACUUGCUGAAGAGAGAGGCUCUCAGACUUGUUUCUGGAACAAGGUUGGCAUGCGGUUGAUCUCAGACAGGGUCUACUCAGCGCGGCUGACUGCUAAAGUGCUGCUAUAUCAGAAGAUGACUUUUAUCUUUCAUGAACAGUUACCAUUUUUAAACUUUCCCAUCCCUUUCUUCCCUCAAUCCCCUCUUCAUGUUCACUCUUCCCUUUACCCCAUUUGGUUCCCUUCCAAGCCCAGUCACCAAUGUCCUAUGAAUAUAUUUAAGAUGUCGCCAGAAUGUGUUGCUUUGCUGUUAAGCAGAAGACUUACAGCCACAGUGCAUCCUGCUGAGAGUCACUUCAGGGUGGGAGGGAGGGUGGGUGGGGAGGAGGCUGCUACUCUCAGGCUGAACUCAGUAUCCAUUGCUAGGCCUUUGAAAAAGCAUUCAACUCUGAAGAGCAGCAGAAACACUUGUAACAGCCAGACCAUCAUCCCCCCCAACCCCAGCUUCCCUGUGGCUUUUGGCUGUUCUAACUGCAGACUUAUUUUUUAUGGAGAGAGGACCUUGAAAUUUGACUAUUAUGAGCCAAAUCCAUCUCUUUCCUCUCCUGCCUGCUAUGCUAACCCUUUGGAAGCUGGAUGUGUAUUGUAGUCUCCCCUUAACAUCUGCUUGGCUGGGGAAUGCUAGUCAAUGAGAAGUUAAACUCUCCUGCCAAAGUCCCAAGCAUGAUGGACUGGGGCUGAGAUCCUGUCCACCCCCACCCCAGGUGAACUGUUGGCCCAGGACAGUAUUUCACUAGCAAAGGGAUUGUCUGUACCACCUUUCUACUGCUGUUCUCCCUGAAGACAGUAGGUUGCUGAUGGCUUAUGAAUCAUUCUGUAAAUUGGAAAAAAUUUGAGGCUGGGUUGAGAAGGAAAGCUGGACAUUGCUUCUAUCUUUCCAUUCCUUCUCCCCUCAGAGAUGUGUAGCUGGGUAUUGGAAGAGGGAGCUUUUAAAAAGUUUGUGGAGCUCUCAAGAGCCACCCUAGAGUGAACACACUACACAGAAUUUCUGGCCAUGACAAUAAGACUUUGCCUCACUUGAAUGAGCAAAUACACACCCUGGAGAUGGUGGUUGAGUAAAAUGAGUGUGGCCAUGAGGACAAUCAUUGCAUUUAGCAGUGACUCCAGGCCAGUUCUGCAGCAUUUCUGGGACUGGCUUUGCUAAAAGGGAUUGAUGAGUUUUUGGUCUGCUUCCCUAACCUAUGUACUGCAUUGCAGUUUAGGGACACAGGCUGAUUAGCCCUUUUGCUGAUAGCUGAGAUGGGUCUUUGCUUUCUGGCUGAGACUUCUGCAAAUUGUCAUUGUUUAGAAGACAAAAAUAGCCCUGAAGAGUAGGUACAUGAAAAACAAUUCUGCAUGUCUCUGAACUAGACAGAGGUCUGGGGGUAAACGGCUCUCUUCACAGAGCUGGAACGAAUUGCAGCUGGCCUGCAUUUAGAUUAGAAAUGACUCUGUAAAUCAGCCUCUGGCCAUUCCAGGUCUAGGCCCAGAUCUUCUGCUGUAGGUCUGGAAAAAUCUCCACUGCUUUAGUGGGGAGUUGCUCCAAUUCCGCAGUAGGAAAUCAAGGUCCUUUGUCUCUGGGCUGGAGGGGUUUAAACUGGCUUUGUUAACACCCUCUGAACUUGGCAGAUGGGAUUUUUUAAUAAGCUUUUCUCAUCAACUUCACUUUGCUGGGGAAGCUGUUGCAUUGUUUUUAAUUGCUUGGGAUGCGCUUUUUCCACCAGGGAAAUCUAGCAAGGAGCUGGUCCAAGAGUCCCCAAAGAGCAGUGCAGAGGGUUUGAAUAAUUUAGGUGACAGCUAAGACAGACAAGAAGGCAAUGGAGUUAGGGAGGAGAGCAAAGCUGGUUCCUGGGGAGUAUCUAGUGCAUUUCCUGAAGCACGUGAGCAGCAGUGUCGACAUCUCAGAGCAUGCGAUGACACUUUUUUCUGUUUGAACUAUUACUGUAAAAGAGUCAAACACGUUAACAACUCUGUUCAGGUAACAGUGACAGAGUGACUUACUGCUACAGAGUCAUAAAUUCUGAGUCACAAUGUUUAUCCACAACUAAUUUUGGCACUACUUUUUAAGUCCAGGAAGGCUGUUUUGGCUUUCAGGCAGCUCUACAUAUCAUGAAUACUGCAGUCCCAAAGCUAAAGUGGCAAGGGAACAGAGAGAAUCAAAGUUCACAUCCCAAACUUUGUUGAAUUCAAGUUCUGAGUCUUAAUACUAUUUUAACACUGUCCCUCUAAGUUCAGGUAUUUAAAGGUCUGCAGCAUGGCUGCAUAUCAGCAGGGGUUUAUAUGACCUUGGGUGAAGAUUUAAUGAUUAUUUUCCUCAGUUUGGUCAUCCUCUGCCUUUUCCAUUUCUGUUACUGUAGAAAACAAUGAUCUGUUACUCCAGCUGCUGAAAGCUGCAGAACUUCCUAAUACUUUAAUUGCAUCAUUGUGGCCAACACGUACAAGGAUGUGUUAUAUUUUUGCUGGUUGAGAGAAUUUGGGAGAAUUGGCAGACUGGCUGGCCAAACACAAGAGACACCACCACUGCAGUUUGUCCUUGGUUGUCAUAGCCCCGCUGCUCUAUGCUGCUAUUCUGUUGGGUCUUCAAGUGGUACCAUACUUCGUACUCUGCUGUAUAGAGCUCUUUAAGGUACAUUUAGCAAGCAACUGCUGGAAUCCAUUUUUGGCACGUGGUAAGAAAGGUGUGUCACCCUCAGGAAGGGACUGUGUGUAGGUACUUCAAACAGGACUGCAUAAGGGUGAGGAUUCCUACCUCACUCCCCAAGUUGUACAAAUUUUCUGAUAGCUAAGAAGGAAACUGAAGUUAACUGAUCUAACUUGAACUUGAAACUGCCACAGCCUGACAUUUGGUGGUGUUUAUUGUGCACCCAGGGAGGAGCAGUCUGGUAAGUACAUCUCCCAAUGUCAGAAGAAAGUGGCUUUUUCAAACUCCCUUCCCUUCCCUUAGGAUAUGUGUGCAUGUGUGUGUGAGUGUGCAAGAGUACAUGUGAAAGAGAGGUUUCAGCAUGAACAGGGUGGAUAAUCCCUCAACCAGAUUGGAGUAAUUGCAGAGUUUAUAAUGAAAAUAACUAGAACAUGCCUGCUGAAAGGAGAUAAAAAGGAGUUGUAAGUGUCUGUGGGCUUAAAGUGUUGCACAUUGCUUUGAAAUGAAAUACCUCUGCUGCUUAGAGAACGUCACUUCUCCCACAAGUAGGAAGCUCAUGCUAGCUUUCCACCUUGGAUUAUGGGAUGGAAAGUACUGGAGGUGUGGGACAAUCUGCUGUGGCCACACCAUCUCCUGCAUGUGACUCCUCUGCAAUAGGGCACAGUUCAGCUGCAAAUACUUCUCGUCCUCAGAGGAACACAGCUUGCUUUCAAAUAUGCAAAAAGAAAAUGGCAUGAAGGAGUUUGCAGUGAGAUAACUUCUACAGAUGUCUCCUCUGGAGCAGCUCCCUCUGCUCCCUGCUAACAUUCAAGGACAGACACAUCCACUGUUGGAAUGGAAGGAUUCAGGUGACAAGCUGAGACAUCUGUGAUGAUCAGAAAUAUUGAAAUGCUUUAUACUCAUUUCUAAACUGGAAGCUGACUUGGACCACCAUGCUCUACCUGCCCACCUCCUGCUCCAAAGGAUCCUUUUUUCUUUUUCUUCAUUUUUUUUUGAACACUGAAAAAGCUGGAGAGUAUCAUGCACAUUUCUCCACUUCCAGGUAUGUGUAUCUGCCCCUUCCACAUGUCCCUUCCUCAGUCUGAGCAGAGCUCCAGGCUUGGUUCUGAGUUUUUUUUGCAUCCCAGCUCCAAUGGGAAGCACCUCUCUAGGUUGGGCUCUUGCCUAACUUUGUUAGCUUCCUUUAACAUGAUUUUAAAUCUGCCUUUUGUGGCUUGUUAUUCCUUAAUUCACUGGGAAAGGGCAGUAUUUCCAUUUAAUAAAUCACAAAUACUAGCAGCUCUCCUUUGCUAGCGAAGGGAACAAGAAGGAAAGUCCAUCCUUCCUACUCCAGGCUUGCUCUUAACUGUGGGAGGAAAAGGAGGAAAUGGCCUGAGUGGUUGAAAACUGGGGGUAUGUGGGGAUGGAGAUGGAUCUCUGCAGAAGUGGGGACAGUGCUGAAAACAGAUCUUUUAGCUUUUGCUGUUGGCUGGGAAAAAUUGAGGUUUUCCAUGAUCAUAAGUCAUCAGGAGGUGAUCAAGGCCUCCAACUGUUGAACUUGUCACCUGAUGCACCUUUUAGGAUGCAGUGGAGACAUGAGGAGAAAGGGGUGGUCUAAACUACCCUUGCCAAGAGAAGAAUGAGCUUUGCCAGGGUCUCCAAGUGGCAUGCAUGAUGCAUUUGAUAUGCUGAGCUUUGCCCUACUGUUCCCCCCAAAGUGAUAAGUAGCAGCUUCCCAGAAGGAGGGGGGAAACAGCAAGUGACCCAGCUGUCCUCAAAGGAGGUCUCCAUAUGAAAUUCCUCUAUCCUGCUGGAAAAUGGAUUGAUUGGCAUGAGGGGGUUACAGUCUUUCUGCCCCCACUUUUAGUUCAGAGAUGGGAGCAGCAGGUCCCUUGGGUGUGUUCCUUCUUCAAAAUCCCAGUAGUGGGUUGAGAGGAAUGGCUGCCUGCUGAGACUGAGCAUUUGGCUUCCCCAUUGCCCUAUUUUUUUUAAAGAUGAGGUGUAGCCAAACUACUGGGCAAAAUCCCCAAAGCAAAUCCCCAGGGGGAGCCUUGGCACACUGGCAGAAUAGAUAAUCCUUUGACUGGUCAGAAAACUUCCCAUGACUUUGUGCUUGUUCCCAAAGAUUGCUGGGCUUCCACACAUCGUCCAGCAGAUAACCCAUGGGAGUUGGCAACAGUAGUUGAUCCUUAGGGACUAUACUCUCAAAAUCAGAGGGAUUCUGAUGUACAUGGAUGUGCAGCAAGCCCUUUAGAUGCUAUAGACAACUCGUAAAUAAGUCCCUUUUUUUAAUAGCCUAUCACCCUAAGAAAUACCUUGAUUUCUGCUCAAGCAGGAGCCAAGUGCAGCUGUGGCCAGAAAAUCAGCAUGAAAUACAAGUCUUAUCACAGAGCAGCUGUGCUUGUACCUGCACAAUGAACAGUUUUUUGCCUUCACAGGCAAAGUGUUUUAACCUCCUGGCACUGAACACUUGUUUACAUCAGAGCAAAACUCCAUGUGCAGGAGGCACAGCAGUAGGCUGUUUGCAGUGGCUUUUACAAGGAGCUACCUAUGAAAAUUUUUGGGCAAUUCAGUGUGAAAAUCUGGAGCUGCUUUUGAGUGUAAAAUUUUGCUUUGGCUACUGUGUCUUUAUCAUGCAAGGCACUGCAGGGCUUAGCCUGGCCCCAGUUUUAGCAUGGCAGAACAAUAGUGUGGACCUCAGCAAAGCCUAUUGUCCCAUUUCUUCCCAUCAUUUUCCAUCACUGCAUUUAGGAGAGCUGCAUGCCUGCCAGGCCAGCCUGUGCUGCAUCACUCCAGCCUGCUCAGGCUGGGGUGGCUGUGGAAGUGGGAGAGGUGAGAAAGAACAUGGUUUCUCCAGAGUUUUCUGUUUGUUACUCUGCUAUAUUUGUUAUCUGGAUUCUUAAGUAAUGAGUGCUUUGAAUUUUGUGAUUAUGUUACGGUGAUGUGUAGUUAAUGUACUAAUGUUCACUUGAGCUAGGAUCAUGGUAACAGUGUGGUUUGUUUUGUUUUUUUUUUUUUUUUAACUGUUCAGAAAAUAACUUAAAUACAAAGAUUAAGCUGUGAA